AUGUCUGUUUUCUUCAAGGACAUCUCCACGGACAACCCCGUGCAGAAAGGCGACGUCGAGAAGCUGCUCGAGCCACUCGGUUUGAAAAUCAAGGCUGAGGAAUCGGCCGAUUAUCAGAGACUGCUUGCUGCGGUGCACGAUUGCGCUACCCGUAUCGACAGUCUUCCAGACUACCAGCCGGCCCCCGACACGAAACGAUACCCCCGCGAGAAUUUCUUCGGCAGCGACGCUUUUCCUCCUUGGACGCCAUCGACGGAUGCCACAGUAGUGACGCGAGUACUGGAUGCCGGAGCCGACAUUCUAGGGACUGCUACAUGUGAGCACUUUUGUAACUCCACGGCAUCCUUCACCAGCGCGCAGGGCACAAUCGAAAAUCCCUAUAAGGAAGGCUACUCCACUGGGGGCAGCACCUCUGGGGGUGCUGCCCUUGUUUGUUCCGGAAAGAUCGAUAUCGCGCUAGGCACAGAUCAAGGCGGCAGCAUCCGGGUUCCAGCUUCAUUUUGCGGCUGCGUCGGUGUGAAACCGACUCACGGCCUGGUGCCUUUCACGGGUAUCACAAGUGGCGAUGCCAUUGAUGACCAUGCCGGGCCCAUUUGCCGCUCGGUCACAGAAGCUGCUGAGUGCCUUGAUGCGAUCUCCGGAUACGACGGCAUCGACGAUAAAUCUUUAGGCGCUGCGGCUCAUGGCUCCUACAACUUCUCUGCUGCUCUGUCAGGGAGCUCCGGUCGUUUGGACGGAAUUAAGAUUGGUCUUCUGAGGGAGGGCUUUGAUCAAGAGAUUGUCGACGCCAGAGUCAAAGAACACGUCCUUUCCGCCGCCCGGAAACUGGAGUCUCUAGGGGCAAUCGUCGAGCAUGUAUCCGUCCCUCUUCACCUAGAAGGCCCUUCAAUAUGGACAAUCCAACAACGUAUUGCGGGCUCAUCGGGUAUGCUGGGGAGAGCUUCGGGACACAGAGGUCUUGGCCUGACCGAGUUUGAAAAGGCACGGCUGCCCUGGGUUGAUUCGAGCUUUCAAAAGCUCUUCCCCUCCACAAAGAACACCUUCAUCAACGGCUUGUAUCUUUCGGACAAGUUUCCGGGUCUCUACAGCAAAACAGUCAACAUCGGUCGGCAGAUCAGCGACGCCUACCAGAGCAAGUUUCAAACGUACGAUGCGAUUAUCAUGCCAACGACCCCUUUUGUAGCACCACGACAUGGGCCUCGAGACUCUGUGUUGGGUUCAUUUGAACCCACCAUAGGAUUGACCACCAACACCGCCGUAUUCAACGUUACUGGACAUCCAGCAAUGUCAAUACCCGUAGGAUUUGUCGCCGCCAAGGAUGACGCGCAGGUCUUACUACCUGUAGGCAUGCAAAUUGUCGGAGGGCUAUGGCAAGAGAAGAAGAUCCUCACCAUCGCUCAUGCAUGGGAGACCAAUUUUGACUGGAAGAGCGUCACGAGCACGCCCGAAGCUCCUGAAUCUCUUCCGGAGACUCUGACAACGGGCUCAAGUGUCAAAGUCAAUGGCAGGACGAUGCCUGAGGUUAAUGGCACAACUUCACCAAGUCUUAAGCGUGUGAAGUUGGCCGUUUGA